GCCUGCGUAUCGGGACGGUGAUGACGGUGUGAGCAGAUUUCGUUAGCCAGCAAUGUGUUGUUAUGUGUGGUACUAGUGCCUUGCUAACGAAUUCAUUCGACUUUGAAAUCAGGGAUACAAUAUAUACAAACAAAAUUGAAUCCGGGAUCGUGACAUGAUGUAGACGAGCUACAGAACACGCCUCGGGACUGCAAUGAGUGACUGAAAUCAAGAGAAAGGCAACAAGAGUUUUCUUCUUAGGUUAGAUAACCGUUAGCUGGCUGGCGCUAAGUUAGGGUUUACGUAAACACCGGCCAUUUAGUCGGUAAUGUUAAUGGUAUCGGGUCUUAUAUAAAAACCGACACAUUGAGCGAAGUGGACGUCGAGUGGCCGUUUUUUCGAAAAUUAAGGACAUUCUUUCUGGAGGAAAUGGGGAAGGCAGAUAGUGACUGUAUUUGAAACGAUCGGGCUCACCGGGUGAAGUAGAGCAACGUUACAUAGCUACGCGAAUGUGUUGCGAAACAACACUCUAACGUUAGACCUUCAAGAAUACCAGUUUGAAGCUAGGGUGCACCAGGAUAGGUUAGAUAAGUAAGUCAGCCGGCUCAGUAGAUAUAUAUUUUCAUGAUAUUACAUUUUGAAAGGAAAUGUUGGGACUGGUAAAGGAUAACGUUUCACAACUACAGAAACUAGGCUAUCGUUACCUGAGGACUUCUUGGCGGAGCAUCAUAGUUACGGAAGCGAUUAUGGUCUAUAUUGGUUAUGAAACAUGUCUAGGGUAUUAAUCAGCAUACAACAGUCACUUUAAGUGGGGCUUCUGUAGCCGUUGUCUGCUCCACUUAAUUUUGGCAGUUUGGACAAUCUGACUUUUGUAAUGUUUAAGGGCAGGGCCUACUUUUGCGGUGGGUUCGUUUUAUAAUUUUACUGGGACAUGGGAGGAGGCGCUCUUCGUGUUAGCAAGAAGCUUGUGUAACACUGCUAGAUAGAUAGCUGUGUAAUUUAACCCACAUUUUGCUGCCAAUUACACAACGAUGGACGCGGGAAUACAAAACCACACGGAACAUUUUGUUCAUGACAUAUCGAACCCUAACGCACAGGGUUUAUGUCCUGAAAUGCUUGAGGUUGCAGAGGAAGCUUGUCGGGCUGGAGAUUUCGACCUUGCUGUGGAGAUCUACAGCUCUCAGCUGGCAGAUCUACACCAGCCUGACCGGGGACUGUGUUUACGCAAAGCGGACGCGUUAGCUCGAGCUGGUCGGAUAGGGGACGCUUUGGACUCAUAUCGUGUAGCAGCAAACAUUCAGAGGCUUUUGCCUGAUGAACUCGGACUUUUGGUUGAAAGUAUUGCGCGGACUAUUCGCGGAAAGGAGUUGAGCGACCCCAAAACUGAGACCAUUGUCAACGGAAGACAAACGUCUCACGACUCAAAAACAAGUGGCAGGUCUAACAACGGGUGCACGGGCGCUGACAGAGAUGGAUCGGAGGAAGAUGAAUGUUUGGACUUAUUUAGUUGUAAACUUUGCAAGUGUCUGUUAUCCGAACCAACUACAUUAGAAUGUGGCCAUACAUUUUGCAAGCGGUGCCUGGAAGACACUGAAGCAAAGGAGUGCAGCAGUUGUCAUUCCCAAAUAAACAAAACACACGGCGAGAAUCGUAUUCAUGGAUUUAAUGGAGUCAAUGUUGUACUCAGCAGUCUUUUGGAUAAAUGGUUUGAAUCGGAAAGCAAAUCCAGACGACUUUGGUUGGAAGCAGACGGAAUGUGGAAGAAACAUGACCUGGCCAACGCAUUGGAAAAGUUCAAUAAAGCUGUGGAAAUAGCGCCCUCUAUCUGCAGGCUGCUGGGACGGCGCGCUGAAUUGCACAUGGAAAUGAGGAAUUUCAGCCAAGCCAUCCAGGACGCGGACAGCGUGUGCCGACUGAAACCUCAGUGCCCCAAAGCCCACUAUACAAAGGCGAAGGCUCUGAGUGCAGCUGGAAGGGCAGAGGAGGCACUGCAGCAGUAUUUCUACUGCGUGGCCCUUAAGCCAGGCUGGAGCGUGGUCAAGCUCGAAGCACAGAAGGUCCUGGGUGAGCUCUUCUCGUCAGUGUUUGAGGAGGAUGGUCUCUCUGCCCCGUUGCCCUCAAGGCAGAGUGGACCGUCGUCUCGUCUGAAGCCCUCUUCCCUGGUCAACUCGCUGCCCCCCUCCUUCGGCGCACCGGGAUGCUCCAAGGACGCCAGUGGCAGCAUGUCCAAGAGCAGCGGGGGCAGUGAGAGCACCAGCUCUGGCAGCUCCUCUCUGGCCAUCCCCAAACCCGACGGCCUGUUUGAGAACCCCAAGAGCCUGACGGCGGUGCUGUCCGCCCUGCCCGUGCCCUCCACACUCAAGAGGAAGGGGUCCGGGGAGCUCAGCCCAGCGCCCCCUUGCAAACUCCAUCGGCCCGCAGAUUGUCCCAGUUCGUCAGCAGCCCUGCGCGUGUUUCCAGGUGUGAGGCAGGUGCCUAUGGACCUCCUAGACAGUGGAGAUUUGGAGUGCUCUCUGUGUAUGAGGCUGUUCUAUGAACCGGUCACCACCCCCUGUGGACACACCUUCUGCCUCAAGUGUCUGGAGCGCUGCAUGGAUCACAAUCCCAACUGCCCGCUCUGCAAAGAGAAUCUGUCUGAGUACCUGGCCAGUAGGGGGUACAGUAAGACCUUCCUAAUGGAGGAGGUGCUGCAGCGCUACCUGGCAGAGGAGCUGGCCGAGAGGAAAAAAGUCCAUGAAGAGGAGAUGAAGGAGCUCUCCAACUUGAACCAGGAAGUGCCCAUCUUCAUCUGCACCAUGGCAUUUCCCACAAUCCCCUGCCCCCUGCACGUGUUCGAGCCGCGCUACCGCCUCAUGAUCCGACGCUCCAUGGAGACUGGCACCAAGCAGUUCGGCAUGUGCAUUGCAGAUGAUGUGAAAGGGUUUGCAGACUACGGCUGCAUGCUGGAGGUGAAGGACGUGAAGUUCUUCCCCGACGGGCGCUCGGUGGUGGACACGGUGGGCGCGGCCCGCUUCAAAGUGCUCAGCCACGGACAGAGGGAUGGCUACCACACCGCCAAGAUCGACUACCUGGAGGACAGGAAGGUGGAGGGUGAGGAGCUGGCGGAGCUGGUGAAGCUGCACGACUCCGUGUACGAUCAGGCCACGGCCUGGUUCACGUCCCUCAGAGACAACAUGAAGAGUCAGAUCCUCAGCCACUUCGGACACCUGCCCGUCAAAGACCCUGAUCCACAGGGCAACCCCAAUGGGCCGGCAUGGUGCUGGUGGCUGCUGGCUGUGCUUCCGCUGGAGAACCGGGCCCAGCUCACCAUCCUGGCCAUGACCUCGCUCAAGGACCGCCUCAUCGCUAUCCGCAGGGUCCUCAUCUUUGUCACACGCAAACGCCCGCGGUAACCUCUGCCCCUCACCCCACUCCACCAACCCCCACCCCACCCCCCUACCCUCCCCCCCUCUCCUCUCUCGGGCCCUGUCCAGGAGGAGCAGAGAGGAUGACCCACGCACUGGCAGGUCUUGAGAAUGGAACACUCCGGAACACUCUGACCUCUUCCACAGGUCUGCCACUCCACUUGCUGCUUGUUUUAGACCAAAUGAGGGCUCCACAGAACGGAUCAGAUCAGCCCUGCUCCACGCUCAGAGCAGAGCUUCACAAAUGACCCCCUGUCAAACUAGCGCUGAUUGUCUGAAGCGUCUCCUUAGGAUUCCUGAACUUUGGCAUCAUCACAUCCAGCACGUGGGCAAGUUAGGUUCUCGCAGCGCCUGCUUUCCCUGUAGGAGAAUGAAGUUAUGGCACCGUAGCAGCUGAAGUGAGCGAAAGAGCCGCACAAUAUAAACGCUUCCCUGUCGUCUGUAUCUGAGUGCGGUUCCAUCAGUCUAAGCUUAGUAAUCUGGCUGUACGCUCAUCUUCCUCUUCCUCUUCCUGUCAUACGCACACACACUGGUUCGCCCUGUACUGAAGCUCCUGUACCUCACAAAGGGGCGGCUUUUUUACUCUCUGAUGGAACAGUUGACCUCUGUGGACGGCUGGUCACCGUGUUCAAUGGCAAAGUGGGAGCUCUCAACCUCAAAAGCUCCUGCUCUGCUGUAGUAGUAAACCAGAAGGAUCUGUAGCCCUGCCCCAGAUAUGUUCCCCUGUAACUUAACUUGUACCCGAGCCUGAUCAUGUGGACACACAAGACCUCCAUUUUAGAGUAGCCAUUGUUGGACUUGAUGAAGCUUCUCCCACGUCAUGGCAGCAUCUAUACAAGUGCACAACGCCCUGGUAGUUCAUAGCCAAUCGAAACGCUUCCUUUUUCUCCUGAAUGACUUCAUUCCGUUUCUCUGCAGCUUUAAUUGACAGUCUUAAAACAUGAAGUGAACUUGUGUUGAAACCACUCAUCGCACAACCGACUGGUUCUCGUUUUGGGAUGAGAGGAGCCGUAAUUUUUACCUGGUUGGAUGGAGACCGCUCCUCUGCACAGUGUACAUACCAGAGGAACACUCUGAAUGUAAUUGGACUUAGUUCUCUGUGGCUCAUUGCUUCACACGCAUAUCUAUGCUCUCUGCUAAAUGCACAUGAGAUAGAUAAGCUAGAGGGGGCCACCCAACACCCCUGAACACUCCUGUUCUUUACACCUCAUUUGGAAAACCAACACUUGUCCUUCACACUACAGUAGUCCCUAGAAACUGAGUGGGUUUAUACUCGACGCCACUGAGAGAGAAAAAAAAAUCAGAGGCCUUAAAGUUAUCAUGACCUACCUUUUUAACUCGAAUAAGUAGCAAACAUUCAAGUAUGGGGUGACCUAAUGUACCUAUGUUGUCUCCACCCUUAAGUAAGAUUAGUGUAAGUUGAGUGGUUUUGUUAGUGCAGUCUCUCGGUGUAUGGACCCUGCGUGCGUCAGAGCUUUGUCAAUGCGUGGAAGUCACUUUCUUUUGUGUGUGUGUGUGAUUGAUAUAAAUCCAUGUGUGCUGUAGUUUACGUAUAUGUCUGUUUUGGUUUGCCAGUUGUUUGUGAUUGGAUUGAUGUACAAUUGGAGGCCUUUGCUCUUUUGUUUGUUAAAUAUUUUUCUACAGUGUACUUAUUCUGUUUGUGAUUGUGCAUGAUUUAAUCUUCGUGUUCCAUCAACCCUCGUGUGUUUAGGGAUGGUACACAAGUGUUCAUCAACCCUCGUGUGUUUAGGGAUGGUACACAAAUGCUGCAUUUUUUUCAUCCAAGUUUGUACAUUUAAGAUAUGAUGAAAAUAAAGUUAUUUUGUAUUUGAGAUGAAA